CCAGCAGACGCUGCGGAGGGUUUCAGAGACUCUCCCCAGAGACAGAAGCCGGUGUCCGCAUCUCCGGGUGUUUUGUUUCGAUCCGAGACACGAUGACCUGGCUCUCAGCUGCUCUGCUGGCCCUGGCCCCAUGUGCCCUUUCCCAGGUGCAGCUGGCAGCGUCCGGCCCUGGAGUGGGGCAGGUCUCCGAGCCCCUCACACUCACCUGCGCGGUCUCGGGUGGCUCCAUCACUGCUGAUUACUGGGAUUGGUACCGGCAGCUUCCCCGGGGAGCGCUGGACUGGCUGGGAGAGAUUGACUGGUACAACUCGCAGUGGCGCGUAGAUUACGCCCCGUCUGUCCAAGGCCGAGUCACCCUCUCCGCCGAUUCCUCCAAGAACCAGUUCUCCCUGCAGCUCCGCUCGCUGACAGCUGCGGACACCGCCACCUAUUACUGCGCCAGGAGAGACACAGUGACACAGAGACAGGGACCCGUCAGACAGAAAGGGGGGAACCCCUAUGCCCCGCCCGGGGGGGGGCUGAUCCCGCCUGGCUUGUCCCCUUCUCUCAGCCCCCCUCUGCGGGGGACAAGGUGGGGAGCCCUUCUCUUUUACCGACCGACUUCUGCUGGAGAGAGAGGGACACAGAGAGAGACACACACAGAUCCACUAGAAGAUCUCACCUCACCCACCUUUGAUCUCCAAUAUCCCGGGCCGACAGGGACACAACAACUCUGCAGAGUGACAGGGCAGUGCCGACCCCAGCCUGGGAAACACAGCAGGGAGGAGACCCCAGGAAGAGCUCGAGCUGGGGGGCUCAGUGGGAAGUUUAGACUCACCCCCCCCUCUAUUUCAGGUGCCCUUUCCCAGGUGCGGCUGGUGGAGUCCGGCCCUGGGGUGGGGAAGGUCUCCGAGCCCCUGGCGCUGAGCUGCGCUGUCUCCGGGGAAUCGAUAGCGAGCAGCGAUUACCUGUGGUACCGGAUCCCGGCGUCUGCAGAGGCAGGGCUAGAAUACCUGGGCGUUAUCACCCGGUCCGGGACUCCGUUCCCGGCCCAGUCCCUCCGGAACCGCCUCAGCAUCUCCAGAGACACCGCCAAGAGCCAGGUCUCCCUGCAGCUGCUGUCCCUGAGAGCUGCGGACUCCGCCGCCUACCACUGCGCCAGGCGAGAGGCACAGCGACACGGACACGGGGGGGCUGGGACAAAAAGGGGGGUGAAUGUCACAGGCACUUUCGGGGCAGCUGGAGGCCGAGGGAGAGACCAGCUGAGAGAGGCGCAUCCCUCCGGGGCGGAGAAGGGACCGAAACUCAAAGCCGGUGGGUUGGAACCCAGCCCAGCCCGGCUCUGCGGCUAUUCCAGCGGGCACCAAACCCGGGCAAGGUUACCGCGCAUGAAGGAGCGGAUUGAAAACACUGGGCCGCCCGGGGGCAGCCUGACUCCCAGCCCGGAUGUGAGACUUUAUUCCCCUGCGAUGCGCGGCCCUUUGUGCCCUAGGGGAGACAGUUACCAGGGGAAUCCCAAAGCCUCUUCCGGCAUCCGGAGACCAUUGCUCAGGAGCCUGGAGCAGCGUUUGCUUCCCGGGGGAGGGUUGCACCAGGCGGGUCCCAGGCUGCGCUGGGGCAUUUCUCACCGGGGUCUGGGCUGCGAGGUGCUGGGAGCAGAGCUCUGGGUUUGCGCUUGUCCCCUGUAG